AUGGGUUCAUUAUUCUAUAUCGUCACACAUUUCCAUUUCCAGGUUGCACUGCCAUCGUUUGGGAAGCUGCGCCAUAACUAUCCGGGGUAUCACAGCCAUAGAGGCAGGUUUACACACCGGAUGUUACUCCGAAUGAUCGGCUCUGACAAGGAACACUUACUACACGACACCAGCGCUCUCAGAUUAUCAUUUACCCUCAACAAGAUCGGCGACAAGCACUCCUUGGGACGCGAGCCUAUAAAGUUGUCGACGUACGGCCAUGACAGUGUGGAAGGCCGGGAUAGUUUACAGUAUAUCUACCACCCGCUGGCUUACGGACCGUUCUUGGUGGAUAAGUACGGCUACCCCAACAUCUCAGUCCUCCAUCAGACAGAUCCGAUAGCCACCAAGGAUAAGUUCUGGGGGAAGCAGGGGAUCAUGGAGGUCAUCACUUACACAAAGAAAGGCAACAACGCCAAAGGACAUAUCGUUCUGUGGGAUUGCGACCAUAUCCAUCAGGCUCGAGACUGGAUAUCCCGACACACUCUGAUUACAGUGGAGUUUUGGGCUUCACCAGAUUCUGACUGCAGCCGGAUGACAAAAUCAUCGCCAACAACAUCAAAUCAAAACUCCGUGGACCCAAUUCGGCACCUAAAGAGAAGACUAUUGAGCAAGAUAAAAGCUAAAAAGUUAUCGCCGACUAACUACAAAUAUUUAAUCAACACAUCACAAAAAUAUAGACUAUUGAACAAGAUCCGACCCAAGUUGAAAACAACAAGCUGAACUGAGUAGUAAUGGAUAAUAACAUUUUAAAAAUUCUUAAACUAUUUGGAACUCCAAACAAGUUUCCGAAGUGCCUAGUCUAAUGCUACCCCAGCAAAUAUGUUCGAUCUCGACAUCUGACGUCCGCUGACAAGAACGGAGAUACUCGUCAUCUUCAUAAACAAGUGAUGCUUCCAAGACAAAUAUCUAUACGCUUAUAGCAUUUCCAUUAAGGGACAGCAUAUGCGGAAUAAAAGUGCUUACAAGACAGAUAAACUAUCAUGUCCUACGUGUGUGGUUUAUUGGGGAAAUUUACAGUAUUGGUCAUGUGUUAUAAUAUGAUAGUAUAUAUCGAUGACUCCCUAAUGCUGACGUAAUGGUCAGUAUGCGAGGAUUUUUGUGCAAUUUUCUCCUGUAUAAAGUAUACAAUCAGUCGAAUGUUCUUCAUUGAUGAUCAGAAAAAAUCUUUUCGAAAAUAUUCAUUUUCUCGAUAGACGUCAAAUUUGCGUAUUCGUGAAUCAAUUUGCGAAUUGUUUCGUGCAUAAAACCAACAAUCAUUGACACAUCGAAAAGAAUUUUCUGGAAAAUAAAACGACUUAUAGUAUUUGUGGGAGAAAGUUGUAAAUUAUUGCGAGUUAACUACAUUUUAAUCAGUCGUUGUAACCAGACACACUGAUUAGUCUAUCUUCUCAUUAGGCAUCAAAUGUGUGUUGACAUAGACAAAAUUCUGAUCCUUCCGUUACUCUGUAUAAAUAUUCAUAAGGUGCUUCACAUUACAAAUGAAUAUGCAUCAGUACCAAAAUGGCCGCUUAUAUUUACUGUGCUAUGAACCAAGGAAUGCAUUAAUUAACAAGUGCAGGUCAUUCUUUAUGAGCUUUAACUAUGCUGUGUCUAUAAAUUACGGCAUUAUUAUUAACUGUGUUCAUUUGACUUCCAUUAAGUUAUAUUAUGAAUAUCCAUCAGUGUUUAUUUGAAUAUUCAUGAAGUGCCUUUAAUAAUUAUAUAAUGUUGAUUUGUUAUA